UGCAAACUUCACUGCAACCUUCUGCAUUUGGCUCAGCCAGGGCAGUCCACAACCGGGUGGGUAGAGGGGCCAGUCCCGCUGCCAGGAGGCCAGGAGGCCAGGGGGUUGGGCCGGGGAGGCCCAGAGGGAGCGGCCAUGGGGAUCCCUGCCAGGCCUUAGCUGGGCUGCCGUUCCAUGCUUGUGCCAGCAAAUGAGCCCCACCCCCACCCCCCAAACUCUGCCUGCCCUCUCACUGGGGGGAGGGGGGGAGAGAUGUUUACCUUCCCAUCUGUUAGGCCUCUCCUGGCCCUUUCCCAGGGUUAGCACCAGGUUAGGGAGCUGACCUCUGGCCUCCCUGGGCUGGCCCUGCCUCUGCCCUCUGGUCCUCCUCCCAGUGAACUCUGGGAGCCCCAGGUCCUCCCCUGCUUCCACUCGGGAGCUUGGUCCCAUGAGUGCGCAGCGGCUGCACCUGGUCCAGCAGCAUCUCUGCCCCGGAGAGAAAGGAGGCAUGGAGGCAGUGAGCAGCCCACUGACCACACACGUGCUGGACACGGCCUCCGGUCUGCCGGCCCGGGGCCUCUGCCUUCGCCUCUUCAGGCUGGGAGACUGUAAGCAGCAAUGGACAGAGCUGAGGAAAAGUUACACCAAUGCCGAUGGCCGCUGCCCCGGACUUCUGACUCCUGAUCAAAUGAAGGCUGGAACCUACAAGCUGUUCUUUGACACAGAAGGCUACUGGAACAAGAUGGGACAAACCAGCUUCUACCCCUAUGUGGAGGUCGUUUUCAGCAUCACAAACGAGGCCCAAAAGUUCCACGUGCCCUUGCUGCUGAGUCCGUUCUCCUACACCACCUACAGAGGGAGCUAGACAGCCAAGAACCAGAGACACAAGUGAGCAGCCAUCCCAGCGGCUCCCUUUCCCCCUCGGUCAUUUCCUGGGAUGCUGCUGAGAUCAAUAAAUUGUGUGCUGGCCUCA